AUGACAUCCAACGCUGCUCACAGACCCUAUAUGCGCAAAUGCAUAGUCCUAGCCUCCCAAUCCCCACCCCGCCCAACCAACUUCCGCGUCGGAGCUAUCCUCCUCUCCCGCGCAGAAAACGACCCCACCUUUUCAGACGACCGCAUCCUCUCCACAGGCUACACAAUGGAACUACAAGGAAACACCCACGCAGAACAAUGCUGCUUGUCCAACUUCGCUGCAGUCCACAAAGCCUCUGAAGACGACGUAGGCUCCGUGCUCCCGGUUGAAGAGGGCCGCAAGCUCAUCAUGUAUGUGACGAUGGAGCCGUGCGGGAAGCGGCUGUCUGGGAAUGCGCCUUGUGUGCAGCGGAUUAUACAGACGAGGGAUGGAGGUCGAGAGGGCAUUCAUAAGGUUUAUUUUGGUGUUAAAGAGCCUGGGACUUUUGUUGGGGAGAGUGCAGGGUGUCGGAUGUUGGAGAGUGCGGGGGUGGAGUGGGAGUAUGUUGAGGGGUUUGAGAAGGAGAUUUUGAAGGUUGCUAUGGCUGGUCAUGAGAAUUCGGAGGAAAAGGUCAGGGAGGCUUUGGGGGAUAAGGCAGGUGAGGGAAAGGGAUCAGAGGAUGCUCGAAGGAAUCCGAAGAAGAGAAUGAUGCAAGGGGAGAAUAUCAUUUAUUAG